AUGGUUACAAACCCAGAAACCAUCGCACUUCUCUUGAAUAGCACACAUUACCGCCACCGAACUAGUAUUUUCUUUGGUGCGACGUGGUCGACGGAUGAUGGCCACACGUAUUGGGCUUCGCAGAAUAAUAGUAAGCUUGAAAGGAGUAGAAACAACAGAAAUACAAGAAAGAGAGACCCGCCAAAAUUGUACUGCAGUAAUGACACCGGACGAGAGAAAGAACACCGAAAGAGACGGAUCGCCAAACUUGACGAUGAGCAGCAAGAGGCCAGAAAGGAGGCACCACGCAUAACGAGCGAGGCCAGUAAGGUCUGUCUCGGUGUAUAAAUUGACAGUCAGCGGGUGUUGGACGAUCUGUUGGC